AAUUUUACUCCGUAGAUUUUACAAUGAGGGAUUUUUAAUCUACAAACUGUAUUAAUUGAAAUGUGUAUUCUGUAUAGGUAGGAGGCUCUGAUUCAGAGGAUAUAUUAAACUUGGUCGAAUGUUAUCACCCCGGUCUUGAUAAAUGGACACCAGUUGCAGACAUGUGUGUACAUCGCAGUUUAGUGGGUGUUGGAGUUUUAGAUGAUGUACUGUAUGCUGUAGGUGGCUGGGAUGGACAUCAGGUUUUGAGUAGUGUCGAAGCAUACAGACCAAGUACAGGAGUUUGGUCAACUAUUCCGGACAUGCAUUUAAGUCGACGUGGUGCUGGCGUAGCGGUAUUAGGUGGUUUAUUGUAUGUCAUCGGUGGUGACGACGGAGCUUCCAUUUUAGAUUCUGUAGAAUCUUACAACCCUAAAACUAAUAAAUGGACCAUGAUCACAGCGUCAAUGAAUGUUGCUAGGUCAUAUGCAGGAGCUGCAGCCAUUGAUGUGCCACGAUAUUUUAAAAAUUGUUAG